AUGUCACUUAAAGAAUUUCAAGAAAAGCAAAAACUUUUAGAUGGAUCCAAGCAAAAACUUAUUAAUAAGACAUUUGUGAAAACUGAAGAAUCAUCUGAAUCAUCUUCUUGUUGUACACCAGUAUUGGAUUCAAACAAAAAUUACAAUAAUGAAAAUGUAUUCGAUAAGCAUACAGAUAUCGGACAGUAUAAUGAUAAUAAAAUAGUUUCGUCAGAUCAUAAGAAUUUCUCUCCAACACCCAAUAAUACUUUUGCAUUGAAUUCAGAAACUAAUAAUAAUAAUAGUUCGAGUAAUUUCUCAAUUAAAAAUGAAGUAAAUGAAGAAAAUUUAAAUUUGAUAAAUAAUAAAAAUCAAAGUAAUUUAGAAUUAGAAUCAAUAUCAAAUUCGAAAAGUUUUCUACCCGAGCCUGAUAUUAAUCCUGUUGAUGUUUCUAACAAUAUUAAUGAACCCUUGCAAAUUGAGUUAAUAAAUUAUGCUCAAACAAUUAAAAUAUUAGUCGAUGAAAAAAAUGAUGUUCAGAAUGAAUUAAGUGAAAUGCAAAAAGUUUUAAAAGAAAAAUCAGAUGAAAUUAUUCGGCUAAAUAAUCAUAUACUUAAUUUAACCACAGUAAUUAAUAAUCUUAACAAAAAAAUAUCAGACUAUGAGAAUGUAGUGAAAAAUUUAAAUCAGGAUAAUUUAGUAAAAGCAAACAUGUUGGGGGAACUCCAAUCUAAACUUAUAACAUUAUCAACAGAUUACGAAAAUAAAGAAGAGGAGUGUGCGGAAUAUAAAAAAAAAUACGAAGAAAAACAUAACGAAUGCCAAAGUCUAAUAUAUAAUUUGAAUAAUUUACAAAGUCAAUUGUCCUUUUAUCAAAUACAACCUCCUUCCGAUGCUCAGACAUUUAAAAUGAUUGUGUUAGAUUUGGAAAAUAAAAAUGCCAUUUUAAAACAAGAAAUCGACAAAUUGGAAAAAGAUGUGAGAGAUGGGAAAAAUGAAAAUGAAAAAUCUAGUCAAAAAUUCACCGCCUAUGCCGAGCAAUGUAACACUCAAUUAAACAACUUAAACAAACAGCUUCAAGAGCUUACAAAUGAAAAUGAAAAAUUAAAACAAAUGAAUGGCGCCAUUGUUUCUAACCUACAAGAAAACCGAGAAGACAAAAAUAAUGCAUUAAUUUUAAAUUAUAAAACAGAAAUGGCGGAUUUACAUGCUCAAAUAAACGAUUUGAUGGAAAAAAAUGGCGCGUAUGAAAUAAAUGUCAACGAAAUAACCGAUUUAAAAAAUAGCCUGGUUGAGAAGACUUCAGAUUUAGAAAAAGCCGUUAAUGAUUUGAAUGAAAUGGAAGUGAAAAAUAGAAAAUUGCGUGAAGAAAUUGAAAAUCCUAAACCGAAUGAAAGACUUUUGGCUGCCAUUGAGAGUGAUAAAGUUGCAGCUGCAAGAGCUGUUUCUCAAAAUCAAAAAUUAAAAAAUCAAAUAACGGAAUUUGAAGAAGUUUUUGUUAAAUUGAAUAAUGAAAAAUUAGAAUUAACGGACCAGUUAUCUCACGAAAAACAUAUUAAUAAAGAAUUACAAGACCGUUUAAAUAAAUUAAACCAAGAUGGCGACGACCAUUGUCACGGUCAUGAUCACGAUCAUCAUCACAGUUUAAAUGAUUCUCAUUCCGUUUCGAAAAAAUGCGAAUCUCAUUCCGAUGAAGGAGAUGAUGAUUUAGAACCUCUCGUAAAUGACAGUCACGAAGUGAACGAAUUGAGAAAUAUAAUUCGACAACUUCAGGAUGAUAAAAUUCAAUUGAAAGAAAGAUUGAAUUACGUUAUGACGAUUAAAAAUGAAUCUGGAGAAGAGGUUUUAGAAGAAAAUCCCGCCGAUAUUUUCGAAUCCGAAUUCGACGACGCGAAUGAAAAACACGAGGACACCAAGUUAAGGCUACGACAAAUGGAAGAAAAAGUUAGAAGAACAAUGAACGAGAUAGCUGUGUUAGACGAAGAAAAAGAAAAAUUGGAGCAUUUAGUUUUACAGCUUCAAAGCGAAACAGAAACUAUUGGUGAAUAUGUCACAUUAUAUCAAAAACAAAGAAUGCUUUUAAAACAGAGAGCUCAAGAAAAAGAUAAUCAGCUUUUACAGUUAUCCAAGGAUAAAGAAGAAUUAAAAUCUAAAUUAAUCGCCUUAGAUGAACUGGUACAGAAAAUGUUGAAGGAGAAAAAUAAUGAUGAUUCGACAUCAUUUUCUCCAGACGUACCAGUUUUAAAUAAUGCAACGGAUGGGGAUUCAAAUAACACUGCUGGAAAAAUAAGAGCUUUAAUCAACGAAAUAGGUUCAACAAAUUUAGUUAAAAAUCAUUCAGUUGCCUUCCAGCAUUGUUCUUGCUGUUCUGGAAGGUUAAUAACAGUUUAA